GAGCUGGCACGCCAUUGCCCAGUCGUGCGUCGCCGGGCGGUUGCGUGUGGUGCGCGGGGGCGCGGGCUGCGUGUGGCGCGGGGCGGGGCGCGGCUGGUGCGCUUGAGAAGCGAUGGCGGCGGCCUGAACUCACCUAACACCGCAGCAACAACCGGGCCCGGCCAGGUUCGGCGUUCCGUGAGUGAACGAUUUAGAAAUCUGGACUGGCCAGUGACCUCUGGGCUUGCCAUUCCAGCCUGGUAUAACCUCUGGCUCCAUGGGCAGCUACUGGCUCCUACAGACCGGAUGAAGCAGACUGGAGACACAAGUGGAGAAAACCUCCAGCUGGCAAAUCCUCAGAGUAUAGGCCUCUGGCUGCCAGUCCUGCCCAGCCUGCCUCAUGGAGAGGAUGAAUUGGCUGAGCAGACUGGCCUCCCGGGGCCCUGGGCACCGUAUACCUCAAGGGGCCAAUCUCCAAACCCCAGUCAUGGCUGAUCCCGAGACCUGCCUCAUGGUCUUCAAGAAUCACUGGUCCCAGGUGGUGCGAAUCCUGGAGCGGCAAGGCCCUCGGGCAGCUCCUGGGGGUGCAGACGAUCUCAGUGCUGUGCGCAACCACACUUACCAGAUGUUGACACUGCUGGCAGAGGAUCGUGCAGUUCCCUCGGCCCCCACAGGCCCUGGGCCCCUGCUGGAGUUUGCUCUGCGCGAGGAUCUGCUGACCCGUGUGUUGACAUGGCAGCUGCAAUGGGAUGAGCUUGGGGAUGGGGUCGAGGAACGGCGGGCUGAGCAACUGAAACUAUUUGAAAUGCUAGUGAGCGAAGCUCGCCAGCCACUGUUGCGGCAUGGUCCAGUUCGUGAGGCUCUGCUCACCCUGCUGGAUGCCUGUGGCCGCCCUGUGCCCAGCAGCCCAGCACUGGAUGAAGGCUUGGUGCUACUUCUCAGCCAGCUGUGUGUUUGUGUGGCGCAGGAGCCUUCAUUGCUCGAGUUCUUCUUGCAGCCACCUCCUGAGCCUGGAGCUGCUCCCCGUCUUCUUCUCUUUUCUCGCCUUGUCCCUUUUGUGCAUCGAGAGGGCACCCUGGGCCAGCAGGCCCGUGAUGCCCUACUUCUUCUCAUGGCUUUGUCAGCUGGGAGCCCCACUGUGGGCCGCUACAUCGCGGAUCACUCUUACUUCUGCCCGGUGCUGGCCACAGGGCUCAGUGCCCUGUACUCAUCACUGCCUCGAAAGAUUGAGGUUCCAGGGGAUGAUUGGCACUGUCUGCGACGGGAAGACUGGCUGGGAGUGCCAGCCCUUGCACUCUUCAUGAGUUCCCUGGAGUUCUGCAAUGCAGUAAUUCAGGUGGCUCACCCCCUGGUGCAGAAGCAGUUGGUUGAUUAUAUCCAUAAUGGGUUCCUGGUGCCUGUCAUGGGUCCUGCCUUGCACAAGACCUCUGUGGAGGAGAUGAUCGCCAGUACUGCCUAUCUGGAACUUUUCCUACGGAGUAUCUCAGAGCCUGCUUUGCUCCGUACCUUCCUGCGAUUCCUGUUGUUGCACCGGCAUGACACCCACACCAUCCUCGACACCCUCGUUGCUCGUAUUGGCAGUAACUCCCGGCUCUGCAUGGUCUCUCUGAGUCUCUUCAGGACCCUCCUGAACCUCAGCUGUGAGGAUGUCCUGCUGCAGCUGGUUCUCAGGUAUCUUGUUCCAUGUAACCACGUUAUGCUGAGCCAGAAGCCGGCUGUUCGUGAUGUGGACCUAUAUGGACGAGCAGCUGACAAGUUUCUCUCCCUAAUCCCACGCUGUUGUCGGCACCACGCCCCCAGCCCACCUCGUCCAGAGCAUGCCUCAUGGGCACGAGGUGGGCCUAGCAGAGAGACAGGGAGAAGGGAGGACAUCACGGGUCCUGGAAGCCCAAGUGUGGACUCCUCUUCUGUGAUGACAGUACCCCGGCCCUCCACACCAUCUCGUCUGGCUCUCUUCCUGCGGCAGCAGAGCCUGGGUGGCUCUGAGUCUCCAGGCCCAGCCCCUUGCUCACCAGGGCUUUCUGCAUCCCCAGCCUCCAGCCCUGGCCGACGGCCUACCCCUGCAGAGGAGCCUGGAGAGCUGGAAGACAAUUACCUGGAGUAUCUGCGUGAGGCACGUCGUGGUGUGGACCGCUGUGUCCGAGCCUGUCGUACCUGGUCUGCCCCCUAUGAUGGCGAGCGGCCCUCUCCUGAGCCCAGUCCUUUUGGCUCCCGGACUAAGAAACGCAGCCUACUGCCUGAGGAGGACAGGAACAACGUGGGGGAAGGGGAGGAGGAAGAGCUGGGGAGUAGGGGGCUGGCUGGGGGUGCAGGGGAGGGCCCUGGUCACCUGCCCCCUCCCCAGCUCAAUGGAGUGCCAGGAUCAUGGCCUGAGGGGGCCAAGAAGGUUCGUCUGGUGCCAAAGGAGGGAGCUGGGGAACUGCUAGAGGGCAUCUCCGAGGGCAUGGCAGGACUAGAGGGCUUUGGGCAGGAGCUCCGGGAGCUAGAGGUGGCAUUGAGCAAUGGGGGAACUGGCUCAGAGUCCCCCUUAGAACCUCCACUGCCCCUUGAGGAGGAGGAGGCCUACGAGAGCUUCACUUGUCCCCCUGAGCCCCCUGGCCCCUUCCUCAGCAGCCCUUUGCGGACUCUCAACCAGCUGCCAAGCCAGCCCUUCACUGGCCCCUUCAUGGCUGUGCUCUUUGCCAAACUCGAGAACAUGCUGCAGAACUCCGUCUAUGUCAACUUCCUGCUGACGGGGCUGGUGGCCCAGCUGGCCUGUCACCCCCAGCCCCUGCUCCGCUCUUUCCUGCUCAACACCAACAUGGUCUUCCAGCCCAGUGUCAAGUCCCUGCUGCAGGUGCUGGGCUCUGUGAAGAAUAAGAUUGAGAACUUUGCGGCUUCCCAGGAGGACUUCCCAGCACUGCUGUCCAAAGCCAAGAAGUACCUCAUUGCCCGUGGCAAGUUGGACUGGGCUGAGGGCCCUGCAGCAGGACCUACCCCACGCCGUUCUGAUCCCCUAGUGAAGAGCCGGAGGCCAUCCUUGGGGGAGUUACUCCUGCGGCAUGCACACAGUCCAACCAGGGCCCGGCAGGCAGCACAAUUGGUCCUUCAGCCUGGGCGAGACGGAGCAGGACUUGGCCUAAGUGGGGGCUCCCCUGGGGCUUCAACUCCAGUUCUACUCACCCGGGGCGGGGCCCCUGAACGCCAAGGUGAGGCUCUUCGAGUCAAGAAUGCUGUCUACUGUGCAGUCAUUUUCCCUGAAUUUCUCAAGGAGUUGGCUGCCAUCUCCCAGGCUCAUGCCGUCACCUCGCCUUUCUUGUUGGAGACUUCAGAGGAAGGAUCUGGCCCUCUCAUCUCAGGCUGUGGGCCCCUCAAUCCUUAACUUUCUUCCAUGGACAAUCAGGGCCAUGGGUGGCCCGGGCUGGGGCUAGGGCACAGGCUCCUUUUUAUGUUUGGAGGCAGUGGCAAAAGGACUUUUUAAUUUAUUUCAGAUGAAUGUUUUAUGGAGAACUUGUUGCAAUAUGUAUAAAAGGGAAAUCUCUA